GGUUUUCGCGAGACCGAUGGGAGGACGGUGGAUUAGCAUGCACAUUCCUCCUCCAUUACCUCACACUCGGAGAAGGGGCUGCUGGGAUCGUGGAGGACCUGGGCUCUUCUGCCGCCUUGCUUCAGCUCUCUGUUUAGCCGGCGGCGAGCCCGGGUUUCCUCGUCCGGUUUCGCUGUGCGGUUCCCCCCCCCCCCCCGCACGCAUACACACACACACACAGCCUGCCUUGCCCUGCCCUGCCCUGCCGGGUCCACCUCUUCGGCGCUCACCAGCCCUGGCCCAUGGCUUCAUGAAGCGCGGGGCGGUAGAGGUGGCGGCGGCGGCGGCGGCGGCGGGGAGGCAAGAGCAGGAACGGCGGCGGCGGCGCUGGUGGCGGCGACGGUGGUUGGGUUGAAAGAGUGGCUGGGGCAGGGAGCCAGGAACAGAGAAGGUUUGGGGAACAGGAAUGGGCCGUGAGAGGAGAAAAUUCAUUCCAGAUAUAAAAUAGCUUCCCCUUCCACCUGCCCCACUACCCCUUGGCAAUAUAAGGUUUCUGCUUUCAGGUUCUACAGUGCUCCAGACAGCAAGUGCUGAAUCAGGAUGGGAAAAAGACGCUGUGUUCCUCCACUUGAGCCCAAGUUGGCAGCAGGCUGUUGUGGGGUAAAGAAACCCAAAUUGUCUGGAAGUGGAACACACAGUCACGGGAAUCAAGCCACAACCGUGCCAGUCUCUAGUUCAGGUCCUCUUCAGAACCACCAGCAUGCAGACGGGGGCAAUGGAAGGGAGAAUGUAUCAGAUUUGACUUUGUGCCCUGGAAACUCUCCAAUUACUCGAAUGAAUCCCACUUCAGGAGCUUUGAGUCCACUUGCCCGGCCAAAUGGAACUGCCAACAGCACCAAGAACCUAGUGGUGACAGCGGAGAUGUGCUGCUACUGCUUUGAUGUACUCUACUGUCAUCUUUAUGGUUUCCCUCAGCCACGACUUCCUCGAUUUACCAAUGAUCCCUAUCCACUCUUUGUGACAUGGAAGACAGGGCGAGACAAGCGACUUCGGGGUUGCAUUGGAACUUUCUCUGCCAUGAAUCUUCACUCAGGACUCAGGGAAUACACAUUAACCAGUGCACUUAAGGACAGCAGAUUUCCACCCCUGACCCGUGAGGAGCUGCCUAAACUUUUCUGCUCUGUCUCCCUCCUCACUAAUUUUGAGGAUGCCACUGACUACUUGGACUGGGAGGUGGGAAUCCAUGGAAUCAGAAUUGAGUUCAUCAAUGAGAAAGGUGUCAAACGCACAGCCACAUACUUACCUGAGGUUGCUAAGGAACAAGAUUGGGAUCAGAUUCAAACAAUAGACUCCUUGCUCAGGAAAGGUGGUUUUAAGGCUCCAAUUACCAAUGACUUUAGGAAGACUAUUAAACUCACCAGGUACCGCAGUGAGAAGGUGACAAUCAGUUAUGCAGAAUACAUGGCUUCUCGUCAGCAUUGUUUCCAAAAUGGCACUCUUCAUGCCCCGCCCCUCUACAAUCAUUACUCCUGACACAAGGCUGCAUGACCAGUCCCGCCCCCCAGCUGCCACUAACAGCUAUGACAUCAUUGGGGCAGAUGCCUCCUCUUCCUGGUCCAGUUACUUCUAUUACUGCACCAUUUUAUGAUGCUAGCUUCCGUUGCCAAGUCUGCCUUCCAACUAACUGAGGGUGGGGGAUACCAUUGGGUGCAGCUGAACUUCAGGGGCCCAAGCCUUACCUCAUCCUUCCUCCAGAAUGAGGGCUUAGUUGGAUUGAGGCUCCAAGACUAGUUGCAGUUUGGUUGAGAUAACCUUGGGAAUGGCAGUACCAGUUCAGAUUGCUCUGUCUGUGUGUUAAAUUGCACUGUGUUUAUUUGAAUUGUUAAUUAUGACAACCCCCUUGAUCAAGUAGGAGAGUUCUCCUGGCAGUCUGGGCAACGGAGUCCAACAAAAUAUUUUUAGGUUAUUUUUAAUUUUUUUUUAACCUCUGAUAUUUCUCUACCAUGAGCUGAUUAGUCCUAAUACAUCCCGGGCAAGCAGAUGACAUGAAGUGUUACAAGAAAGGAUGGUAUGAUUUGAAGGGGAAAACAAAACUUACUGCAGAUAAAAACUAUGCUUACACAUAUCCAGGAGGUUUCAUUUCUCACAUCUACCUGCUUUUGCUUUUGAUACACAAGGAAGGUAGCCUACUAGAUAAGACAACAAUGCAUGCAUGAAGAUGAAGUGCUGUGGAUUGUCUAUGGGAGAGACUUGGGUUUCCUUGUCGCUCUAGAGUAUGAUCUCCCUCUUUUGGGGCUUCUUCUGGGUGUCUGAGCUGCAAUACAGGCAGCAGGAUCUGCUGUUGGAUUGGGGCAGGUCUGUUCCCUACAAAGCCAUUAUUCUAGUAAUAAAGGGUGUGAAAGUUGUUUAUAGGAAAUGCUCUGUGAGGCCUGUACUUAUCAGGAAGCAGCUUUCUCUAGAUGACCCUUAUAUCCAGGUAAAGAAAUAAACAGUAAAUGUUAGCCUUUAAGUGGCUAUCAAAUACAGGUGCCAUUGCUGCACUGGUGCUUCAGUCCAAAAUACAUGUACAUGGAAGUAAGUCAAAUUGAUUUAAAUUGAAAAUGCUUCCAGAUAAUGGAACCUGAGGAAUGUUUUCAUCCAAAUAUAUAUACACUGUUAACUCAGAUCCAUGUUUGAUUGUCUUGUGGAUUUUUUAAAAAUUCAUUUUCCCAUUGUUGCUGGAUACCCAUAAAUGGAAACCUCCCUUUUCCAUUCCAUCAUCCCAGUUCUCCUGUGUGAAUCACUAAGUGAUAUCAUGAAUGCUGGCAUUAUGAUUAAUCUUAAAUGAAUCCACAGGAGUUAUAAAAUGGUCAUGCAGGACUUCUGAAAAUCUUGGCAAUCAGCACUGAUGGGCAAGAAAACCCAGGUGAAGAACAUAUUUUGAAAGUUGGGUACUAUAUAUCCAGAGUGUGUAGUAACAGGAGCUUUAUAGGUGACUGACGGAUCCAGAAAUAGAUGGGAUGUGGGUAUCUGGAUUUUUAGGAUGAAUGAACAAUGCCUUGGUGGGAAUAAGGGGUAAAUGUCUUGAAGCAAGGCCUUGAGGCAGUCUGAACACAUACUGCAUCUCUGAAGAGAAGUAGAAGUAGGCAUGAAUGCCCCAUAUAUGGUGGUAAGCGAUAUUUGCCAGUAUCUGGCUUAAUUGACCAGGCAAACUGCUGGCUGAUAGGAAGGAUGGAGAGCAAGUUUACAUUAUGUUCCUUGCAAAAGGAUGGUUCAGAGAGUUUAGGAAGCCUCCAAAUUGCAUAUUGUUCAAGCACUACUGUUCCUUCUAAUGGCUCUGAAGAAAAUGUAUGCUCAUCAGUGAAUACAUAUCUAGAUGUGAGGGGUGGGGGAAGGAACUUGUAUUCCAGAUACCUGCAGUACUGCCCUGCUUUAGUUUUGUACUGGAUUGUUCAUGUAGAUUGCCACUCUUUCCCUUCUGAUGAUGUUGAAAUGUGUUUGGAUUUGAAGGGACUGUUUUCAUGAUUUCCUGCUACUGAGAAUAAAUCAGCCUUGUUACCAAUUAGAGUGAUUUGUAGUUACUGUCCCAGAUGCCCUGGAUUGAUGGGAGAUUGUAGAGGGGAGAGGAGGGUUCAGCUCUGGUCAUACUAUCCAUCUCUGCUCUCAGACAGUAUUGAAACAUAGGGCUACACUAAUUAUUAUUCAAGUGUUCUAUGUUAGAAUUUAAAUUGUAAAGAUUUUUUUAAAAAGCAAAAAGGAAAAAAAAAUGGUGCUAAACUUUCACCCCUGAGCACAUUCGGUGAGACUGGUCAUGCAGGCAUAUAGUGCCGGGCUAUUCAAUCCUGCUUUCUUUUUUCAAAUGUUUGCCCUGUUAUGUGUCUUCAGCAGUGUAUAGUGUUAAUUAUUUGAUUUGAUUUAAAAGGUGGGGGGGGGAGUUUAGGAGCCAGGUGUGAACCUUGAAUGCCAUUCUAAAGAACAGACUCUUAGAUGUGACUUGACCUACUUGGUUUAAUUUUAUUAUUACACUGAAUUAAGUUAAAUUAAUUUUGGAGUGAGAGAUGGUCUCAUUCCCUGCCCCUGUUUCCAUCCAACCACCUGGUCUGUAUAAAUAGAAAUGCCUCUGUUAAAGUUGGGUUGUGGAUUUUUUGUGUGUUGGGCAUUUUUUUUUUAGUGAGUGGAACAGCAAACAGGCCAUGAAGCAUUAACCAGUCCUUGAAAAAUGGACACCCAGCAUCUGUCUCCAUGUGGUGUUUGGUUACAGUAUGGUUGAACAAGUAUGUCAUUCCUGCAAAGUGUGUAUGGGAGGGACAGCUUGUCCUUUUCUGUCUCCCACAUAGCUCUGGUGCAUUGAGAUGAGCCCAGACUGAAACGUACAUUUCAGCUGCCUGAUAGACAAGAUAUUAAAAAGAUGUUGGAACAGAGAACCAAAAUAGCCAACAGAGAACGACCUGUUCUAGAGUCCUCAUCAGUUGUAUUUUUCAGCUGAAUAGUGAAUAAUGUGUUUGCUUCAAGAUCUUAGCAAUAGCCUUCUGGCCCGAUUGAGAAUUGGCUCAUCCUUAGCUACAAGCAAGUGCCUUUUGGUCUAGAUGGGUUUAUUUCAGGACAACUGUGGGUAGGAAUUUCCCUUGCUGCAGCCAUGUAUUGUGCAUGUGUGUGUGUUUCUCUUUUCCCCUUCUGUUGCAUCAGAGAAUUUCUUUGAUCACUGGGGUCUCAUUGUUUGAAUGUUUCCCUUUGAGAUUUUCGCUUUUCAUAGCAAACGGCCAAUCUCAAUAGAGGCAUUUCAAUCUGAAAGAUGUUAAAGGUCAAAAUAUCACAUCUACAGAUAUCACAUCUGAAAAUUUCAAGGGCAAAGUAGUCUGUAAAUUUUAAUCUUCAAGAUUUAAGUUUUGCACAUAAUUGUGUUCCCUAAUCCAUUCUUAACGUUGCAGUCUUUGCUGACUGAAUGCUGUUUUCUGUUUGUUUCCAAAGCCAAAAUUAUUAAAAUUUUGGUUAAUUUUCUUUUUAAAGCAAGGAACCUCUUUUGACCUUCAGUGCAGAGAUGUCAGACCAAUUCUUUGUUAUUACACUUGGUUGCCUCCUAGCUAUAUAACUUCUGAGUGUAAAUCAUUGAACUUUACCCUCUAAUGAAGUAUUGUAGAAAAUAAAUUGUAAUGGAUACAUUUUUA